AUGGCGCUAAAAUCAUUGCUGUUUCUACUGCCAUCUCUUCAGCUCUUCGCAAGCGCUCGAGACAUUACCUUCCCUCCAGUCUCUGGGUACUCGUCGCAACAGAUCAUCCCCCAGCAGAAUCUUGAGAUAGACAUCACUCAAGCGAAGUUCGCAGGGCUAAUGACAUAUGCUAAUCUACCUUACGUACAUUGUUUGGCCCCGGAGGGUCAGGAUGUAGAGCCAUUUGACAUCGCGAUCCUUGGUGCACCAUUCGACACAGGCGUUACGGCACGGCCUGGAGCGCGCUUCGGCCCGAGUGGCAUUCGACAGGGCUCAAGCCGGAUAUCACCAGCUGCGGCUUGGUCCAUAUACACAGGUGAAAACGUGUUCGUGGACUGGGCGAAGAUCAUUGACUGCGGUGAUGCGCCAUUGACAUUUUUGGACAACACUGCAGCAUUGAAGCAGCUUGACAAGGCGCACAAGAUCGUGUCCGCAAGGCCUACCAAUUCAAGCGAGCACGCAACACCAAAGAUAGUCACGCUAGGUGGUGAUCAUACCACAACGUUAUCCGCCCUGCGAUCGACUUAUCAUCAUUGGGGCCCAGUUAGCGUCAUUCACUUCGACAGUCACCUGGAUACAUGGGAUCCGGAAAUCUUAGGCGGAGGUAUUUCCCAUUAUGCUGGUGUCAAUCACGGAACAUUCCUGCACAUUGCGCAUGAAGAAGGCCUGAUCCGAAACACUAGUAUGCAUGCGGGCAUUCGAGCUCCCAUGGCACGACCAAAAGGUGAUCUGCGAAACGAUGUUCGAUGCGGGUUCGAGAUUGUCAAGGCCAGAGAAAUCGAUCAAUUCGGUGUGGCGGGUGUCAUCGCUAGGCUGAAGUCUCGAGUGGCUGGAACGAAGGUUUACAUCAGUGUCGAUAUUGAUGUGCUUGAUCCCGCGUUCGCACCUGCCACGGGAACAGCCGAAGUCGGUGGCUGGACUACACGAGAGCUCUUGUCCGUUCUGGAUGGCCUUGAAGGACUGGAUGUUAUCGGAGCAGAUGUCGUUGAAGUGGCUCCUAUAUACGAUAACCCAGGGGAAACCACCGUUUUGGCUGCAGCAGAAGUUGUGCACUCUCUUAUCACACUGAUGGUGAAGUCCCCGUCUUAG